GCACCGAGGCCAGCGUCACCCCACGAUCUCGAUCUCAUCACAGACAAAUCAUUCUUCGCAUGGAAAGCAACCGAACCAGCCCCGCCCCGCCGCCCGCCGUCCCCUCCGGCGGCUCCCGCGGCCUCGCCGGCCCGACGUCCGCGCGGGCCAAGCGAUCCUUCCUCAGGGAACUGCCCGAACCCGACGUUUUCGUCGUCACCUCCGGCGGCCGGCGCAUCCCCGCGCAUACCGGAAUUCUGGCGUCGGUGUCGCCGGUAUUGGAGAACCUCAUAUACAGACCCAGUAAGCGCCGGAGCUCCGAGAAGAUCGUCCCGAUUCUCGGCGUUCCAUGCAACGCCGUCUCCGCUUUCAUCGAGUUCGUCUACUCCUCCAGGUGCACGGAGGAGGAGAUGGAGAAGUACGACGUGCAUCUGCUGGCGCUGGCCCACGUGUACUCGGUCCCCCAGCUGAAGCAGAGAUGCGUCGAGAGCCUGCGUCAACGGCUGAUCGUCGACAGCGUGGUGGACCUCCUCCAGCUGUCGAGGCUCUGCAGCUCGCCGGAGCUCGAGCUGCGGUGCAUGAAGCUCGUGCACCACCAAUUCAAGGCCGUCGAGCAAACCGAAGGCUGGCGGUUCCUGCAGCACCACGACCCCUGGCUCGAGCUCGACAUCCUUCACUUCAUCGACGAAUCGGAAUCGAGGAAGAAGAGAACGAAGAGGCAGAGGGAUGACCAGAAGCUGUACCUGCAGCUGAGCGAGGCGAUGGACUGCCUGGAGCACAUCUGCACGGAAGGGUGCACGACCGUGGGCCCGCACGACGCGGACCCGGCCACGGCGAGGAAGGAGCCGUGCGGCAAGUUCGCCACAUGCCAGGGGCUGCAGACGCUGAUCCGCCACUUCGCCGCGUGCGGGAAGCGGGUGAGCGGCGGGUGCGGCGGGUGCAAGAGCGUGUGGCGGCUCCUGCGGCUGCACGCCGCUGUCUGCGACCAGUCCGACUCCUGCAAGGUCCCGCUCUGCAGGCAGUUGAAGCUGAGAUCGCAGCGGGAGAAGAGGAAGGACGGGGCGCGGUGGAGGCUGCUGGCGAGGAAGGUGGCGUCGGCCAAGGCCAUGUCGUCUCUGUCGCAGGCCAUGAUGAGGAGGAGGCGGCCUGAGGAAGUCCUUGAGAUGUUCAGCAGAUCCAGUCGCGCUCGCGGAGGAACGAGAAGCUUCAAGCUCGGCAAGUAGUUCAGAAAUGGCGCCGGCAGAUUUUGCCGGCAUCCUAGGUUCUGUGUAAAUGGUAUGGAUUAGGGAGGAGAAGUUCGCUGGUGUGUCGAUUCAGUUCGAGUUUUUGUCGGAAUUGGAUUUAAUUAAUUUGUUUAUUUAUUAA